AUGGCAGAAAGUAUUCGAGGUAUUCAUCAACAAUAUCGUAAUUAUACUCUUCCAUCAGUAUUCAAUAAAAGUAUGGAUGAACCACUUUAUUAUGUACAACCAUUCGAUAUUACACAAAGUGUAUUGAAUAGUCAUAAUCAAUCGGAUAAAUUACUUCUUCUCAAUUUUCAUCCUGACACAGAUCCAGAUGGCUUACGUCGAAAAUUAUGGAAAAAUAUUUGCGGAAAUAAAAAUAAAUAUUCAUUUGCUACGUGUUUUGAUAAGUCUUCAGGAGUAGAUCCUUCAAUUUUACAAACUAUUUAUAGAAGAAAUCGUCAGUAUCCAUUAUGGUUAUCACCUCGUGGUAAUGGAAUUGAUUGUCAUCGAACAUGGGAAGCUCUCUAUCUUGAUGCUAUUCCAAUUGUUUGGCAUUCAACAAUUGAUUCUUUAUAUACAGAUUUACCUGUUAUAAUUAUUCAUGAUUGGAAUGAAAUUAAUAAACAAUUUCUUCGAAAUAAAUUAUAUGAAAUAGCUUUAAAAAAACUUCAACAACCACCUGUAUAUCAUUAUGAAAAAUUAAGACAUGCUUUUUGGCGUGAUAUGAUCUUAAAAAAAUCGAGACAUUCUUCUACAAAUACUCAUAUACACAAAAAUCGAUGUUGGCGAGCUAAAACUAUUCAAUAG